CGUCAUUAAAAAGAUCCUCACAGACUCAGUAGGUGCGCAAAGUGUGGGAAUUGACAGUGCCGUGGCUUCCAGAACUACAAGUUGUCUUCUAGUAUUAUUAAAAAUAAAGACAUUAAAACUGAAGUAGCUCGAUAGAACUGAAAUGUUACAGUUUAGGGCUUCAAUUGUGCUGAAGGAGUUGAUUCAAACCAGCCCUAAGCGUUUGUUGUCGGACAUUAUUAGGCACAAAAAGACUUUACCUAACGCGUACUGCUUCAGCGCUGCUAAUAAUGGCAGAAUAUCUAAACUAAACAUUGUCCAUUAUGGAAGGUGUUUCAUUCAGCCUUUAGCUGGGAGAAGAUUCCUAUGUACAAAGACCGAGGGAGCGAUUGAACCCACUGAGACAGCGAAGAAAGAUGAGACCGUCCAGGAAGCGGCGGCAGAUAAGAGAAGGAAGGCUGGCAUUUUGCCCAGCUUGGAGGACCUGCUGUUUUACAGUAUUGCUGAAGGCCAGGAGAGGAUCCCAGCUCACAAAUUCAUUACAGCACUGAAGGCCACUGGACUUCGCACUGGAGAUCCACGGCUUAAAGAAUGUAUGGACAUGUUAAAAGUCACCCUGAAAUCUACAUCAGAUGGAGUAAUGCUGGACAGACACCUGUUCAAAAAGUGUGUCCAGAGCAACAUUGUUCUGCUAACGCAGGCUUUCCGGAAGAAGUUUGUCAUCCCUGAUUUCCAGUCUUUUGCCUCUCACAUUGAUACACUUUACGAGAAAGGCCGAAAUCUUUCUGGAGGGCUGGUUGCUGACUACAUUCCCCAACUUGCCAAAUUCAGCCCAGAUCUGUGGGCCGUUUCCCUUUGCACAGUAGAUGGACAAAGACACACAGUUGGUGACACUAAAGUGCCAUUCUGCCUGCAGUCGUGCGUGAAGCCGCUGAAGUACGCUAUAUCCGUGCACGACCACGGCACUGAAUAUGUGCACCGUUUCAUUGGGAAAGAGCCCAGUGGCUUACGCUUCAACAAGCUCUUCCUAGAUGAGGACGAUAAACCACACAAUCCAAUGGUGAAUGCUGGGGCGAUCGUAUGUACUUCUCUUAUAAAGCAAUUAGCAGGCAAUGCUGAGAAGUUUGAUUAUGUCAUGAACUUUUUGAAGAAGAUGGCAGGAAAUGAAUAUGUCGGUUUCAGCAAUGCCACAUUCCAGUCAGAGCGUGAGUCAGGAGACAGGAAUUUCGCUAUUGGCUACUACCUGAAAGAAAAGAAGUGUUUUCCAGAUGGUACAGACAUGACGGCUGUUCUGGACUUGUACUUUCAGCUGUGCUCCAUCGAGGUUACGUGUGAGAGUGCCAGUGUCAUGGCUGCCACGUUGGCCAAUGGUGGCUUCUGUCCAAUCACAGGCGAGCGUGUGCUGAGUCCUGAAGCUGUGCGAGACACCCUCAGCCUCAUGCACUCCUGUGGCAUGUAUGACUUCUCAGGACAAUUCGCCUUCCAUGUUGGUCUUCCGGCCAAGUCAGGUGUGUCUGGAGGUAUUCUGCUGGUUGUACCCAAUGUGAUGGGCAUCAUGUGCUGGUCUCCUCCGCUGGACAAACUUGGCAACAGUGUGCGGGGCAUCCAAUUCUGCACGGAUCUGGUGUCCUUGUUUAACUUCCACAACUACGACAACCUGCGGCACUUCGCCAAGAAGCUGGACCCUCGGCGGGAAGGCGGAGACCAGCGGCAGCACACCUUCGGACCGAUGGAUUACGAGAGCCUUCAGAAAGAGCUGGCUCUCAAAGACACUAUGUGGACUAAAGUGUCGCCCACUGAGUGCAAUGAGGACAGCUCCACUACUGUAGUCUAUAGGAUGGAGACUGUUGGAGAUGGCAACUAAUACGGACCAGACGCAUCUCAUUCACAAGCAUAUAUUUAUGUAAAUUAACAGUUAUUUAUUGUCACUGGUUCUCAUUCGGGUCACGUUUGUAUGAUUCUUCACUAUAUAGGGUCAAUGUAUUAUAUCUCUCUCUCUCUAUUGGUGAAUAUGAAUGACUCUGGAUAUAGUUCUUAUGCCUUGGCUUAUGCCUAAAAGAGGUUUAUUCUUCUCUUGGCUUAGUUGCGGUUUGAUUUAUUGGGGCUUUUUUCACUCGGUAAGUGUUUUAAGUGGAGUUGAGGAUUGGCUGCUGAACAGAGACGGCUGGUGCUUGUGUUUUGCACUGUGAUUGGUUGAAUGUUGUGGUCAUGCGUUAAUAAACGUGUCUUAAGUGAGGCCUUAAACUACGAUCAGAUUAAUUUUCUCUGAAAUGUACUGCAGUAGUAGGAAGCAUUGAAAUGUUGAGUUAAGCUAUAAGGGUGACCUUUGUUUGAAAAAUGUGGAUGUUUAUAUUAAAAAAUGGUAAAAAUACUUGGUUAUUAAUCAAAAAUACUCUAUCUGACUUGUUUGAUGUUUUAAAUCUUCUGAAUGACAAUGUGGGAUAGUUCACCCAAGAAAGAAGACAUUUUGAAGAAUGUCUUAGUAGCCAUGACUUACAAAUGUAUUUGUUUGAAGAAAAUUCAUGCAGCUCUUUCCCCCAUGAUGUUUAAAGCCAUCAAAGAUGAUAUAAUUAGAUAUAAUAUUCUUAAGAAGUUUCCAUCAAACUUUAGCACAGUAUUUUAAGUUUUAUUUUAACCUUUCUGAAAAAAAAACUUUAUUUACUUAUUUGAUUUGAUUUAUUUUAUUUUAUACCAAAAAUCACUUAUUUUACUUCAUUUUAAUUUACUUAAUUUUACUGCAAAUUUGAAUGAUGCAUUGUUCAUUUGCAUGUUGUUAUUUAUUCAAAAUAUAAAAAGUAAAAUUUAAAAAAAUAUAAAAUAAUACAAAACCACAAGUCAAUUUAAUAUUUUUGUAUGUUGACAAAUUAUCAGUGUCAACUCAAUCAAUUGUAUUAAAAAUUCAUGGCAGUGCUAAAGCUAGGCCCACACACACUAGUGAUUUCAGGACAAAAACCUGAAAUUUUACCUAUUAGUAAAAAUGCACACCAUUACAGUCAGUUAUGUUCGCUUAUAUUUAUUCCUUACAUUUUUUCAAACCUGCUACUUCUGGGUUUGCACAUAUUUAAACCAAAUUUGAGUUGAAAAGACACAACUUUUUUAAAAGAGUAAACAAAUCACAAAAUCACAAAUCAAUAAUACACUUUAAAAAAAAAUAUGACGUAAAGUCAUAACAACAAAUGUUUUUAUAUUCCUUUAACUCAUUUUAAUCAGUUAAUCAACAUUUUUUUUGUUAUAUUUAGUUUUAGUAUUUAACUAUUUUAGUUUUAUUUUUCAUAUCAGUUUGACUAAUGUUAAGUCAAGAUGACUAGAAAAAUGAAUUAGAUUCAGCUAAAGAAUUUAAGGAAGCUAGAUUUUUACUACAAUCCAAGUCUUCCCUUCUAGAAAAACCACAUCAGCAUCACAAUAAGUGUCGUUAAAAUCACACAUGGAACGUUUUAAAUGAAAAAAUAAUCAUUUAACCACUUUUGUUUUUAAUUUACAUGAAAAUGUUUCCAAACUGUGAAGCUCACAUGGUUUUCCUGCAAGGAUUUAAAGUCACAGGGACCACCUUUAUGGCUGUUGUUAGACAUUGGCAGUUUACCAUCAUCUGUUUUUCCAUUGAAAAGUGCUGCAUGAAGGUUCAAACGUGAUGUACAGUACAGCAUGAAGGUUGCCUGCAUUAUUCCCUUAGGGCAUAGCUUGUAUUCACCGAGUCCAAAAGUAAGGUGAAAAGGACUCGUCCGUUUGUUCUGGUGUUCUGAAUUAGUUAUUCAUUUUUCGAUCAGUCACGGUGCAUUGCUGCUGAAUUGACUGUGUGUCCUGAGAGAGUUUGCCUGCAUCACAGAGCUCCAGUAGUCCCGCUCAGCAGCCAGCUCAAACCUGCUGUCUGUCACACCCAUCCACAAGCUGAAAAAGCAUCAGCAAUGUUACAAACCUUGCCCUUAGGUUCAUUUCUGUCUGUGUAUCCUCAUAUAUAUCAUCACUAGAGACAUAUAUGCACUUUCUUAACCAGUUCAGAAUGUUGGUUUAUAUCAAAUUAAGCUUCGAUUAGAUGCUGAGGAUGUUUUGAAGUGUUUUUUUAAUUAUUAUUUGUGUGCACAUGUAUUCAUUCUAUUUUUUGCAUAUGGCUUUCACGAGCUGGUGUAUAUUUGCUGACAUUUUUCUGGGUUUUGUUGCUUAUUUUUUGUGAUUUGUCUGUGUUUUGUAUUAUUCUUCUGCUUCAGUCAUUGGUUGUUUCUCAUGCUUCACUGACAGCUUUAAAGGUGGAUUUGAGGAAGCGGCUCAAUCUGAUUACUUGAACUGUCCAGACUCUAACAUAAAGCUUUCAUCAGAGUAUUUCAUCACUCAUGAUAUGUCUGUUCAUUUUCUCAUGUAUUUAUGUCACAUUUGUUCUGGUCUUCUUUUUUGUAUUAUUAAUAAAUGUGUUUAAUCUCAUACCAUUA